AAAAAGGUCUUGAGAAUAAACGUCCUGUGAUGGGUUUAGAUUUUGCUUUCUUAUACUCUAGCAUAAUUAUAAACUAUAACCUCUUACCAGAAAAGAUGAUUUCAAGACUUUCAGAAGUAAAUGCAUUAAAAAGAGAAAACAAAGUACUCCAUAAUAUUGAAUUUUACUUUAAUGGUCGAAACGU